CUUUUUGGCGUUUACCGGUCCCGUCCACAAAAAAACCCAAUAAAUAAAUAUAGAAACAAAAGUACAAUUACUUUAAUUUAAUAAAAUGUCGGUGCAGACUUUGCUCUUAGACUUUUCAAUUGACCCUGCUCGGGUGGGAGACGAAAGUGGGCAGAAAUCAGUAUUCGGUCAGCUAGAAACUGUACUAAAAGAUUAUAUCCCGAAUCUCCUGCUGGCGGCUGAUAUAAAAAUAGAUGGAGGUUCUUUGAAACUAAUGACAGGAAAGAAAGGCACCACUGUCUCUGUAAGACUGUUUGACCGAGGUCUUGUGACUGUAAAUAUUGAAUACUACAAGGAAGACAAUGAAGAACCAGUAAUAAGUUUCAAGUCCGCAAGAGUAUUGGAAAGUCAGCUGAAAAAAUACAUCACUAUUAUAAAAUCGCAAGCUUAUGCUCCAAUAAAAAGAUGCCUGUUUAGCAGGUAUUAUCCAACAUCAGAUGAAAGACUGCUUGAGUAUGAUAUCGAUGGUGUUUUAUUUGAUGAACAGUCGCCGUUUCAAAGAGUGCAAAUUGUUCACUCAAAAACUCUCGGCAAUAUGCUGGUACUCGAUGAUUUGCAAAAUAUUUCUGAAGCAGAUUUAAUCUACACUGAAACCUUAAUGCAAAGAGGCAAGGAGAGUUACGAAGGAAAAGAAAUCGUCAUACUAGGUGGAGGUGAUGGCGCACUGCUAUACGAAUUGUUGAAGGAAAAGCCCAAGUUUGUGUGGAUGUUGGAGAUUGAUGAGCUGGUGAUGACCGCCUGCAACAAACACAUGCGCUCUAUCUGCGGAGAUGUUCUGGCCACCAGGAAGGGACCCAAUUACGAAAUAAUCGUCGACGACUGCAUGUUGACCGUGAACAAGUUCAUAAAGGAGAACAAGAAAGUGGACUACAUAUUCGGCGACCUCACCGACAUCCCCAUCUCGGAGUCGGCCUGCGGCGAACUGUGGGAGUUCCUCAUCACCAUACUGCGCGCCGCCUUCCAGAUCCUCAACGCCAAUGGGAAGUUCAUGACCCACGGAAACGGUGCCACCUCCCCCGAGUCCUUGGAGCUCUACGAACAAGAGUUGGCGAAGCUCAAACCACCCGUGAAAUUCACCAAAAGCAAAGCUUUCGUGCCGUCUUUCCUCGAAGACUGGAUCUUCUACCAAAUAUCACAUGCUAACGCUGGCAACGGAGAUGCCUAACACACGAAUACCAAAGAUCUAAUCACAACAUUGUUCCUUUCAAGUAUUUUGACGACGUUCUACUAAGUCAUAUUUUUAAUAUUAAUGCCAUUAUUUGUAGAUUAUAAUUUUUACUAACGCACCUCCAGAAAAAAAGGUUUUUUUUACCGAGGAUUGUAUUGUACGAUAUUAUGUAUAUAAAUACAUAAGCAAUAUACCUCUACAAUGAUUAUUGUAAGAUAUGAAAAUAACUUGACAGAGAAACAUUUUGUGAAUUUCGGGAGAGUGCUAUUUUGAUUGUGGCUAUUCACAAUGUCGGUUGCAUUAUUUUUGAUAUGUUUUAUAGAAGCUAUUUUGUUAUAAUAUGUUAUUGUGUUUCUAGAUUGCUUUAUGGCAGCAUAGUAUUAGC